UUUCGUGUUUCGCUUUUUAAAAUGACUUUCGCCUUUUCGCCUUUCGUCUUUCGCCUUUUAAAAUCUGUUUCGGCACAUCCCUGGUCCCUGCCUCCUCGAAAAACUUUCCCGUUGGUUCUCCCCCCCCCCUUGUCGGGGAACAACCCUUCCCAAAAAUUUUCAACAUUAAUUUCCUUUUAUUUUGCUAAUAAAAUUUUUUAAAAAUUUUAGACGUUCAAAAACAGCGUCCGUAAGUUUAUUUAUUCGCUUUUUCAGAUUUUUUUUUAAUAUUUAGCUGAGACUUACAAUUUAAUUUUUGCAAAUGGGGCAGAUUUAAAAUUUUCUGGAAAAGCACAAACUGCAGAAACUUGGUUUGAAGGAAUGUCUUGGAGGCCUUGUGUCUGUUCUGCUUGUAAUACACACAUUGGAUGGUAUUUUCAAUCUCCAGAAAAGGAUUUUGUUGGUCUUGUUAUUGACAAUUUAAUAAGUGAAGAUUGUUUGUUUUUUUUAUUUUUGUUCAAAAUUUUUUGUCAUUUUUUGCAAGGGAUAUUUUGA